AUGCACCGUGGUAACCGCGUUCCAUUUUCCAACGCAGCAGCUACGCAACUUCCUAUUAUAAAUACUCCCAUUCUCCUUCUCUUCUGUUUCGCCCAACCCAAAACCUAAUACCAAACUCUCGUUUUCUUUGCGGAGAAUUCAAGCAAUGGCGUCGUUUGAACAAGCACCUCCCGGUGAUUCCAAAGCCGGAGAUAAAAUCUUUCGAACCAAAUGCGCUCAGUGCCACACCGUAGAAAAAGGUGCCGGCCACAAACAAGGACCCAAUCUGAAUGGUUUGUUUGGAAGGCAAUCAGGCACUACUCCAGGAUAUUCCUACUCAGCAGCUAAUAAGGCCAUGGCUGUGAAUUGGGAGGAGAAGACUUUAUAUGAUUACUUGCUUAAUCCCAAGAAGUAUAUUCCAGGGACUAAGAUGGUGUUUCCUGGUCUUAAGAAACCUCAAGAACGCGCUGAUCUUAUUGCAUAUCUGAAGGAAGCCACUGCCCAGUGAUUUUUAUAUUUCCAUACAUUCAAUUUUACAGUGUGAUUUUGAACUUCUGGAGAUUUAAUUUUUCAGAUAUUUAGUUUUGCCGCGCAGUUAGUACUGUAUUUUUGGCAAAUAAUGUAGGCCACAUUGGUUUGCAAUGCUAUUUUGUUCAUUUUGCAUUGCGUCUCUAAAAGCUGCCAUAUUGGUUGGCUUGAGUUCGCUCAAUCAAAUUAUCUAUUGAGAAUUGAAACAGUAUUUGCUUAAUUGGAAGCACAAUUUAUUUA